AGAUCGCUCAGUGACCUCACGCUGAGCGCUGGAAAGGUGUCGGCCGCGGGAACCGUCGUGUCUGAUUCUAGGCAAAGCUUGGACAGCCUUAUCCUCCGGUCUUCAGACCCACUAGGAUUCUUGAUUUAGGCGUGGACCAUGUCCAUAGGGUCGGGGGGUUACUCGGUGAGGCCGCGGGGCGCCCCUCACCCGUCCAAAGGCGGGACUUCCGGUCCUGGCCCCCACCUGGGCGGGAUUUCCUGUGUGCUUCCUAGCGAAGUGCGUCUUUACCUGAGCCCCCGGACCAAGUAGCGAGUUCUGUGAGCGGUAGAGAAAGACCCCAGAUAUUCACCUGCCCCCGGCCACAGGGUGUAUCCCCGAGUUCCUCCCACCUUGGAGCAGGGAAGGGGUUUAAUUCCAGUUUGACAGGUGGUUGGGGGGACUUCGCUGGCAUGCUAGCAUCCCUCAUUCCUUGGGGGAUUUUUCCUCUUUCUUCAUCUCUUCCUGGAGUCGCUUUCCUGACCUCACCCCCCACCUCAUUCUAAAAAGUCAGUUGCCUUACCUGUCCCUUCCUCCUGUGGGGGACAGGUCUCACCUCCCUUCUUCCCUAAUCUUCAGUUCAGUUAAGUCGCUCAAUCGUAUCUGACUCUUCCCUAAUCUUAAAUACCUCUAUUUGGCGGGAGAGGGGGUCUUCCGUCUAUCAGCUCCGUGGAAGAUAACAGGACUUCUUCUGGAACCUGAAGGGGUGGGAGACUCUCCUGGGGGGGGGGGGGCGUACUUGGCUUGGCUACUCUCCUUUUAGGUAACCAAUGCCAGAGACACCCCCCUGCCCCCAAGACCCCCAAGCCUUGGCAGAGAGGUCUGCGUAAGUCACUCUCCUCAUCUUUGAGGUAUGAGUGGGGCUCUCAUGACCAGCUCAUUCCCACUUGACUCUUUCCAGGUAUUCCCAGGCUCUCGGAGUUUAAUCUGCUCUCAGAUCUCCUCUAGGAGAGGAGCCAUAUCUUGAUAUCCCAAGGAAGAGCCCCCUGGCCUGGCAUUACCAGGCUGUGCAAUCUUGAGCCACUCACUCUCCUGCCCUGAGCCUCAGUUUUCUCCAUCAAGUGGGACCCAAGGAGUGGCUGUGAGACCCUGGGUACCUCCCAGUUCGGUUGGGCUUUGGAGUCUGUCAAGCAGACCACAGUUUCACCUCACUUCUGCCCUUUCUAGCUGUGUUCCUUCUGGCCAGUGCCUUAAACCUCUGAGCCUCACUUUUCCCUUCUGGACUAGGAAGCCAUAAGUCUUUCCUCAUAAGAUAGGCAGUGUGGCAUUUAGGAUUAAGAACAAGUUCUGGAUCCAGGAUGACCGAUCCAGGUCCCAGCCCUCCGUCUUGGUCAAGACAUUGACCCUGGUCGAUGAGUCUCCCCAGGCCUCAGUUUGCAGUUGUGAAGUGGGAUGAUCGUAGCUCCGCCCUCAUAGGGGUGGUGAGAGGGUGGGAUGAGACUGGAUUACACUCAGGCCCCUGCCUGGGAGGUGUGGUGUAAACUUGCUCCAGGGUCUGUCAGGACUGACAGUGGUUGUGCUCUCACUGCAUGUGGCUGCCAGCAGGGGCUUUGUACUCCGUGAGCUUUGACUGUCUUGUUUGUGAGGUAAGAGCUCCCACCUUGGUAGGUAGGUAGGAGGGGUCAUGACCAGUGCAGAGUCCCUGCACGGAGCAAGUGCUCAGCAAACUCUGGCCUCUCUCAUCCUGAGUCACAAAGAGGAUGUGAAUUGAAACCUAACUUGUAUGACCCUGGAGGGCUAGAUCACAGCCCAGAUUGAAUCCCUCUGAUGAUGACGAGCCUGCUGCCUCUUUGGGGAGGCUCCUCAGCGGCCCAGCAGCCCUAGCUCAACCACUGGUUUACAGGGAGAAGACAGUGAGGCACAGAGAAGGCCACUCAGUGGCCCAGGGUCACACAGCAGUCAGGGUGGGAAGUCAGGCUCCUGGUCCCUUGUUCUCUCCCCUUGUAAGGAGAUGCAUCCAAGCAGGUCAUCUACUUAGGGUGAACCUGUCCUGGGGACACAGAUCCCUGACCUCGGGCGGCUCAUAGUCUGAUGGAGGAGGCAGCCAGAGAUACAGCUGUCACAAGCUUGUGUGACAAGAGCUGUAAUGGAGGUAGCCAAUGGCAUUGUGGGUCUAGGGGAGGCGUCUGAUCCAUCUUGAGGGAUCAAGGGAGACUUUCAGAGGACCUGCUGGAAGUGGAAGGACGUUGUGGGCAGAGCCCAGGUGCAGAAAGCAGCCAGCAUCCCAUUUUCUGCUCCACUCCAGCUCUCUGAGACCUGCCCUGUGCCAGGCAAGGCUGGUGUCUCAGAGGUGAAUCCGACAGGCCUGCUCUCAAGGACCUCCCACACUGGUUGGGGAAAUGGAUGUGGAUCCAUCCAAGCAGUGCUCCCAGAGGGAUCUGGGCUAGAAUGGGGAUCAUUCAGACAUUGCGGGAGCCCGUGGAUGGGGAGGAGACGGCCUGAGCUCGGGGUGGAUGCAGGAGUGACAAGUACACGGAGACAAGUGGUCCAGGUCGGGGGUGGGGGGCGGUUCACCUUGACUGAAGGCCUUGGGCCUCAGGAGUCUAGAAGUAUGUGAGGCCGGGGCGGGCCUUCCGGUACUGGGCUGAGGGCCUGUAACCUUGUCCAGGGGAUGCUGCAGCAGGGUCAGCUCUGGGGGUAAAAGGACCCCCUCACACACACACAGCCCGGGGCCUGGGUGCCUACUGGACUGGAGGCUGGGACCACGGUGCAGGGCAGCAUAGUCCGUCAGAAGUAUGAUCUGAGCCAUGUGUAUAACUUCACGUUUUCUAUGAGCCACAUUACAAAAGUAGAAAGAAAACAGAUGAGAUUCACUUUUACCCUCUUAUUUUAUUUAGCCAGCAUAAAUAAACGUCGUCAUUUCAACAUUUAAUCAAGCUUAGAUUGCUCAUGAGAUAUUUUACAUCCUACCUUUUUGUCCUAAGUAAUCCUUGACAGUCCGGUGUGGAUUUCACCCUCUCGGCAAGUCUCAUUUUGGAUCAGUUACAUCUCAAGUGCUCCCUAGUCACGUGUGGCUGAUGGCUCCUAUACUGGCCAGGGCAGGGCUAAGAGGAGAGUUGGGGGCUGAGGGGACAGGGUGAGGAUGGGGCAGGGGGCCCAGGACAGGGCCUGGAGGUCUGGAUGGAGCGGAGUCCUGCAGAAACGGAGGGCGGGGGUUGGUUGGGGGGGAGAUGAGGAACUCAGCUGGGAUCAGGUGGCGAGCAGAGCCGGGCGUGGAGUCCAGGGCCUGGUGAACACGUGGGGCUGGGUGGACAGUGAAAUCCGCUGGGCCUCAGCCUCCUCUGUCCUGCUCUGCCCCGCAGGGCGCGGAUGGCGUCGGGGCGGCCCGAGGAGCUGUGGGAGGCCGUGGUGGGGGCCGCCGAGCGCUUCCGGGCCCGGACGGGCACGGAGCUGGUGCUGCUGACGGCCGCGCCACCCCCGCCACCCCGCCCGGGCCCCUGUGCCUACGCAGCCCACGGCCGCGGGGCCUUGGCCGAGGCCGCCCGCCGCUGCCUCCACGACAUCGCCCUGGCCCACCGGGCGGCCGCCGCAGCCCGCCCCCCUGUGCCCCCGCCAGCACCGCAGCCGCCCAGCCCCGCGCGAAGCCCACCCCGGCCUGCCCUUGCCAGAGAGGAAGACGACGAGGACGAGGAUGAACACACAGAGACGGAGACCUCUGGGGAGCGACAGGGCAUCAGCGAUAAUGGAGGACUCUUUGUGAUGGACGAGGACACCACGCUGCAGGACCUUCCCCCCUUCUGUGAGUCAGACCCAGAGAGCACGGACGAUGGCAGCCUGAGCGAGGAGACGCCCGCUGGCCCCCCAGCUUACUCGGUGCCCCCGGCCUCAGCCCUGCCCACACAGCAGUACGCCAAGUCCCUGCCUGUGUCUGUGCCCGUCUGGGCCUUCAAGGAGAAGAGGACAGAAGCUCGGUCGUCCGAUGAGGAGAACGGGCCGCCCUCCUCGCCGGACCUGGACCGUAUCGCGGCGAGCAUGCGCGCACUGGUGCUGCGGGAGGCCGAGGACACUCAGGUCUUCGGGGACCUGCCGCGGCCACGGCUCAACACCAGCGACUUCCAGAAGCUGAAGCAGAAAUACUGAGGCCCAAGGAGCUUCCCGGCCCGGCGUCCGUCCCACCGAUACACUACACCCCUGUCCCGCCCCCGGGGCCCGCCAAUCCGAGUCAGAUCCGGGACCGGCCUCCCACGCCCCGGGCCACCAGGAUUGACCAGUCCCUGCAGAUUCCCGCCACCCUUCCAGCCCACGGGAACUCCCGCGCCGCCGAGCGGGUCCUAUCCAAUUUCCGGAUUGGGUCUGUCUGCUCUCUGCCCAGCGACAGAUUUCUUUCUAGUAAGGAAUUGGCUCGCUCCGCGACCGGGGCUUGGCUAAUUCGCCAGGCGUUGGCUCCAUUCCCGAAAGAGUCAAGCUCCAGAAUUGGGUAAUCGUUCUCCACUUCAGCAUAGCGAAUGGACAGCUCCUUCAUUUGUUUGACUUGAACACUGUAAAGGGCUUGACCAAUCUCCCGAGAGACUCAUCCACCCUUCUUGAGUUCCCCCAUUUGAUUGGCUCUAGCCUCCUGGGGGCGUAGCCAACUCCUCCUGUACCCAGGAUUGGCCUGUGGCGUUACAUUUACGUUCUUUACACUACUGGGGCAGGCGUUGAUUUUCGCCGAAGUCCUGACAAUUGUCCCUCUGGCCCCCUCAGGGACGUCCUGAUCCGGUUCUUGCGCCUGACACCCUCUCAUUGGUUACAUCCCACAACUGCCUGCCAAUCAAACCCGUCCCUGCAUCCAGGACGUUACCAGCUCCCGCCCCUCUCCCCCCACCCCCACAGGUGCCUUAAAGGGCCCUCGUCCACCCAAGGUGGGGGGCAGGGGGCCUCACUCUCCGGCCCUGGUUUGGGGGAGAGAGUCGGGGGUGGGGAUCGGGCGUUGGGAGGGGCGCUCUGAGAUUAAAGAGUUUUACCUCUGACAAAUGAA